GCGAAGGCAGACUCGGAGUUCUUGGAUUGUCACAGGCUUUGAGAGACACCUGCUGUUCAGUCGUUCCACUACCGUCUGAUUGACAGUGUGAUAGAUCGUUGUGGCCAAGACUUUUCCACAGGAUGCUAUAGAACAGCCCCAGCAACAUAGGAACGGUUGGACGCUUAUAUAGCACGAAGAAACAGCUCUGACGAUGCGAUAGAGGCCCCUCCGAUUCACUCUAUCAACCAAAUCAAAACACCUCAUAUUCGUUUAUAAACAAAAAUCAUCUAACUCUCUAACAAGAACUCCAUCAGCAUGUUUUGGUCAAAGUGCAAACCAAGCGACGCUGCCAUCCGGGACAUCUUGAGGGCCUUCUAUCAAGCUGAAGCCUUGUGUGGCGGGGUCGUGCUCGGUAUCGUCAGCUGGUAUCUCGCCCACUGGAACGACACGAAAAAGUAUCCUGGUGCACGUCUGUGCUUCACCGAGAUCAUCGCCGGGCUUGCUACCGUCUAUGGCAGCAUCUUCAUCUGGACCUGGGAUUGGUUCCCCAGGCUCUCUGCCUUGAUCAACCUCCUUUUCAGCCUAGCAUUCUUCGCCGCCUACGGCGCGUUGAUCGCAUGGGAGUACGAUAAGAACUGGGUUGGCUGGAAGGCCGACAUGGGAGAGAGCUACAAGGCCUGCUGGAGGGCAGUUGAGGCAUUCACGUUCAUCAACGGCGUUCUGUUCCUGCAUAGCGCUGGCUUUGCUCUUGAAAAUUCCGACCACACACCAUACCAACAUAACGCGCCGCAAGGCCACGGAAACAGCAGUACUGCGCCGAUGCAACAAGUCUAA